AUGCCUUCUUUCACCACCGUCAUCGCCGCUCUUGCCGGCUGCUCUGCUAUCGUCAACGGCGCCGCCGUCCCUGUGAGCGCUGGCACUCUCGAGGCCCGAGAGAAUAACCUCAGCAAGCGCGAGCCAGUUCUCGCUACUAUUCUCGUCGCUGCUGGUACCGCAGCUGUCAGCGCUGUCGUCUCCGAGGCCGUCAGCGCCACUGCCAAAUUCAUUGGUGACGUCCAGAACUUCGAUUCUGCUCGGGAGGCCUUCACCCAGCAAACCACCAAGGAGAUGAUGGCUAGGAAUCCCGACCCUACCCGCUUCCAAGCCGCCGCCUGCUACAACCAGGGCUUCUCGGUUGCUGACCCCGCCAACAUCGACGGUCAGAACUCUGUCGAGUUUAAACUUGGACUUCUCAACACCGACUACGAGUGUAUGUACAUCGCCGCUCCCAAUCAGUUCUUCACCGAGGGCGACGGUGGGUUCAUCAACCUUGCAUUCGAGCACACCGACCGCUGUACUUUCGACGAGGCUACUGCCGAUCUUACGUGCGUCUAA